AUGGUGGUGGACAGAGCUGUACUUCAGGCUGGGGAGGUUUCUUCCAGCCUUGACUUGUAUCCCCUCGGGACGGCCAGGGACAUCUGGGGUACUCAUUGUGCUGUUCUAGCGCCCAGGUUUGUAUUUGCUUCUUGGGUGCCCCCACCCCCCGGCUAUCUCAAUGUGAGUUUUGAUGGUAGUGUAGCUUUAGAGGGCAGGUCCAGCGGGGUUGGAUUUAUCAUCAGAGAUCAUUUUGGACGGCUGGUAGUGGCGGGUGGCCGAUAUACGCCUGGACUCACAGUAGUGGGAGCUGAGCUACAGGCAGCUUGGGAGGGUGUGUCCUAUGCGAGGCGGGUGCUUGGCGCUAGGCGGGUGCACCUCGAGGGGGAUUCCUCUAUAGUGAUCGACUGGAUUCAGGGUGCGGACAGAUAUGGUGAUGGACAUCCUCUCAUUCGGGAGACCCGCAGGAUGGCCCUGGAGAUGGACGACUUCGAGGCAGUACAUGUGUUCCGGAAGGCGAACAGUGUGGCAGACUGGGUCGCCUCUUACGUUGCUCGACAUUCAGGAGACUUUUGUUGGACUUCCACGGCAGGGCUCCCGCCCCCACUGUAUUUUUUGCUUUCUUCUGAUAUGGCAAGGUGUACUCACGUUAGAGUUAUAUGA